AAAAGUCCACAGGGGGUGGGGGUGGGGGUUGUUUCAACAGACACAGCCCCAUCCGAAAACAGUGAGGGACAUUCAGUUAUACAUUCACUUGUGUUUGGAGCAACAGCAUCAACCUCCCGUGAUCAUCUCUGACAUUUGGAGCCGUCGUUUUUUAAACCUGAAACUUCUGAAGCCCGAGAAAUGGCUUCAUUUCCAGCCUUGGUGUUCUUUCUGUUAGCUACAACCUCCCUGCAUUCCAGAUGUGAGGCUGGGAAAGUGCUUGUGUACCCGGUAGAUGGGAGCCAUUGGACGAACAUGAUCAAAAUACUGGAAGCGUUGCACUCAAAGGGCCAUCAAAUCACAGUCCUCCGCUCGUCAACCAGCUGGUACAUUUCUGAAACUUCCCCUUAUUACACCUCCAUCACCAUCACUCAGAAACAGCCCCAAAACAUAGAGAGCCAAACCAGCAUGGCCACUUUCAUGAGACAGACUUUGGAGAGCCGUCAAUACCAAGGCACACUGAAGGGAUUCUUUGAGUUUUACAGACUUUUCUUCAACUUGAUAGGAGACACCCAGAAGUCUGUAGCAAAUGUGGCAGCUAGCAUAAUUGAGAAUAAGACUUUGGUUAAGGAGCUGAAUCAAAGCGAGUACGAUGUUUUUCUGACUGACCCUGUGUUUCCAGCUGGAGUGCUGUUGGCGCAUCAUCUAAAGCUUCCACUGGUGUUAAAUGUCCGUUGGAUUGUAGGUGGAGAUCCUCAUUAUCCUAUUGCACCUUCCCCACUAUCAUAUAUCCCUGUUGUGUUUUCUCACCACACUGACAAAAUGAGCUUUAUUCAAAGAGUCAAAAAUGUCAUCUAUAAAGGCAUGUUAGUCUACCUUCACCGUUAUGUCUCCAACCCCCCAUACCAGGCAGUGUGUGAUCGUUACUUUGAACGUGGUGUUAGCGUCAUGUCCUUAAUGCAGGGAGCUGAUCUUUGGUUAAUCCGAACUGACUUCACAUUUGACUUCCCUCGCCCCACUAUGCCCAAUGUUGUCUACAUUGGAGGCUUCCAAUGUAAACCUGCCAGUCCUCUUCCUACAGAUCUAGAGGACUUUAUGCAAAGCUCUGGUGAGCAUGGGGUGAUUAUCAUGACUCUCGGGACCCUGCUCGGUGACCUCGGCCCUAAUGUCUCAGAAAUCUUUGCUGCAGCUUUUGCAAACUUCCCUCAGAAGGUCUUGUGGAGGCACACUGGACCACGACCAGCCACCUUGGGGAAUAACACGAUGCUAGUCAAAUGGCUGCCUCAGAAUGACAUCCUCGGUCAUCCUAAAACCAGGCUCUUUGUCACACAUGGAGGCACCAAUGGCGUCUUUGAAGCCCUUUUCCACAGUGUACCAAUCUUAGGUAUUCCCCUAAUCUUUGACCAGUAUGACAACUUGGUGCGUAUGGAGGCCCAUGGUGUGGCUGAAAUUAUUGACAUAACAGCAAUGGAUGUCAAGUCUCUGACAAACUCUUUACAGAAUAUUCUGGACCCAACAAAACCCUACAAGGAAAACAUGAUUAAACUUUCACAGAUUUAUCGUGAUCAGCCAAUAAAACCCAUGGACAAGGCUGUUUUCUGGAUAGAGUUUGUCAUGAGGCACAAGGGAGCAGCACACCUUCGCACAGAGUCGUAUAAACUGCCGUGGUACGCCUACCACUGUUUAGAUGCGAUGGCAGUCAUUGCUGUAGUUGGAUUGUUUAUGCUUGCAUUUACUUUGGCUUCUUGCAGAUGUUUGUUUAGAUGCCUGACAAGAAUGAAAAAGUCCAAGACUGAAUAACUGAUAAACAAACACAAAUGAAUGUGAUAAUAAUGUAAUAAUAACCACUAAUGCAGUUGUAACUUUGAAUGUUUGAUGCUCCUUAAACAUUGAAUGUAAUAUUCUAAAUAGAUCUAUUAAGAAUUAGAUUGAUCUCUUUCAUUAAUGUCCUCAUUACUCAUUUUUAUUACCUAUUACAUGAUUAUUGGACACUUUCUGUGAUUUCAAGUUAUAACUGUUUAUAAGUUUGGCUUUAUUACUGCAAACAAGUAAAAAAAAAAUCCUAGUAAACAAUUUGCAGAACUUUGAUCUCAAGUUAUAAAUCCCGAGAGAAACAUUGUGUGGAUUGUGUACCUUAAUUUUAUUUUUUUUUUUGGUAAUACUUCCUAUGUUCUUGUCAUGUUGUGUUUUUAAGUUUUCCCUCUGCCAAUCACAUCAGGUUUAUGGUUGCCAAUCAUCCACAGCUGUCUUGAUUUGUGUUUUAGACCCUCAUUGUAUAGCCUAUAAGUGUCUAUAAUAUCAGCUCAUCUGCUUUUUCACCUUUUUCCAAGUGUUUAUUCAUGUAUUAAUUUUAUUUAUUAAAUGUUUAAGUUUGUGUCACCAAGUCUUCUGCAUUUUGAGUCCUACGUCUCCAGUUCCUGACAACAAAAAGAUGUAAUUACCAAUGCAAAAGUUUUGUUAAGAGAGCUUGUAUUUUUUGACCUGACAAUCAACAUCUUGGAGAUAAAAAAAACAAAAUAAAAAUGACUCAAGUCCCAAACCUCAA